UGCUCAUUCAUGUUGUAACUUCCGGUGUUGCUCCAUCAUUUCUUCGCAAAUGCAAUCUUUUCUUAUUUCGUGCUUGUUUUCGUGUCAUCAGCAGCCGCUAUUCGUGACAUAGGUGUAGCAUCAAACAUUUUCUUCCAGUGUUAUAUCUGGUGUGGUUUUUAGAGAAAUGGCGACGCUGAAACAGCCCACAGGUCAGAAGCGACUGACCAAUGUUGCUGUUGUAAGGCUGAAGAAAGGAGGGAAGAGAUUUGAGAUAGCAUGCUACCCCAACAAAGUUGUAUCAUGGAGGAACAAAGUAGAAACAGAUAUAGAUGAAGUGCUGCAAACUCAUGCUGUUUUCACGAAUGUUUCCAAGGGAGAAAUGGCCAAAACAGCUGAACUGAAAAAGAUCUUUGGUACAGACAAUCAGACAGAGAUCUGUUUACAGAUAAUAGCCAAGGGUGAAUUACAAGUGUCGGAGAAGGAACGUCAUGCACAAUUAGAAUCUAUGUUCAAAGACAUUGCUACAAUAGUAUCAGAUAAAUGUGUAAACCCAGACACGAAUCGUCCGUACCCAGUAACACUCAUUGAAACAGCCAUGAAGGAUAUACAUUUCUCUGUGAAACCAACAAGAAGUACAAAACAGCAGGCAUUAGAGGUGAUAAAACAGCUCACAGAAACAGAUUCAAUCAACAUACAGAGAGCCCACAUGCAAUUAAAGAUCACUGUCCCAGGAAAAGAUGGGAAGAAGGUUCGAGAAAAAGUGAAGAAACUUGCUACAACAGUUGAACAAGAUGAAUUUGAUCAUGAUUUGGAAAUGGUGAUAUUGGUAGAUCCUGGGUGUUACAGAGAGAUCCAUGAUAUUGUGGUGUCAGGGACAAAAGGAAAGGGACAGUUUGAAGUGCUGAACUUAAAACAUGUGGAGGAAGGAGACGAGAUGAUGUAAAGGACGAAUGUUAUAGACAUAUUGGUUGUGUGUUGUCUUCCCACCGGCUCCAUCGCUAGAUAAGCCAUCAUGUGUCAUCAGUAAGCAACCUAUCCAGAAGACAACAGUUGUGUCUCCCCACAUACUAUUGGAAGAUUAGAUAGUGAUUGAUGUGCUCCUGUUUGCAAUGCAUGUUUUAUCAUCAUAUUUAGGAGAUGAAGCAGAUUCAUCCAAGCAGACCCAAUAAGUGUUCCUUUUGUAAAAUUGUAAUCUGAUGCUGACCCGACAUUAUAUAUCAAGGAAACCGUGCAUUGUACUAAUUUUGUAUGGUACAUUUCUGUUAGCAUGCUACCUAAACAGUAGGACAUCAGACUGGUUUUUAGCAUCCUACUGACCAGUAGGACGUCAGACUGGUUUUUAGCAUCCUAUCUGACCAGUAGGACAUCAGACUGGUUUUUAGCAUCCUAUCUGACCAGUAGGACGUCAGACUGGAUUUUAGCAUCCUAUCUGACCAGUAGGAUGUCAAGACUGGUUUUUAGCAUCCUAUCUGACCAGUAGGACAUCAGGCUAGGUUAACAUAGACAUCGUCAGACUCCAAAAACAGACUGUUGUAUGACUGCUGUGUUCAACUGCAGUGAAAUAUUGAUUAGUAUGCUUUGUUCAGAUUCUCAUUGUGAAUUAAAAUUGGCCUAUAUUUUUAAUUCUAUAUUAAAUAUCAAUGUAUACUUAAAUGUGCAAUUUUGUGAGAAAAAAAUAAAUCGUGCAUAAAGGUU